AUGACGUUUAUACACAACAUAUUUACAUGUGUAAUAAGCGAUGGGUUAACCCGCAUUGCACAUUCCGUGUCUGAUUCAGGAACAUGUCUCCAAGAACAUCAACUAAAGGAAGUGCAACAUCUACUAACACCCAAGACAAUAGCCAAAUUUCCAAACACAGAAUUCUAUACAAUUAUCCCGGUUUACUUCAAGUUGAGUGGGGAGGAAGGGUAUUCAAUGCAUAAAUCGGAAGGUUCUAAGUUUGCUUAUUUAUUUACAAUCAGUAGAUACAAUAACCACCUUACUAACACACUUUCCAUGGUCAUUUCCAUCCCUCUAUUUGAAGUUUUAAAGCCUUUGUUGUACUACUUAUUACACACCUUUUCCGAAACAGCUUUGAAAAAUGUGUCACUUCUUUCUGUUUUGCAAAGCUUGAAUAGCUCUUACAUUUAUGAACUGAUUGAAUUUUAUAAACAUCUCAAUAUGCCAUCGAGAUACGUUUUGACUAGACUCCAAUCACAAAAGACACUAAAUCUUCCAGAGACCUUGGUUGGUCAUUUCACAGAUUCGGGCAAUCUGUACAAGACGAAAAUCAGAUUAAAUGACAACAAUUUGGAAUUCCCAAUCCAAAUACCAAAAUCGUCAGUUGUGGCAUCACCAGUGUCAAUGUUUGGAAUUGAUCUAAGGAGGUCUUCACUAUUAAAGGAUUUUGUCACUUUACUAAACUCGAUUAACCUAUCUUUUGAUGGAUUUAUUUUCAAAGAAACUAGCAUGACACCUUAUGAAUCAAUAUCGCCUUUACAUAUCGUCCUAAAUGCACUAAUUUUGAAGAAAAAAAUUAUUAUUUAUGCUAAUAAAAGCAGCUAUAAUCAAGUUAAUGAGAUAUCAGAACUUCUGUUUCUGAUCUUCACGUCCUCAGGUGCCCCAAAUUCGUCUUCUGAUUUGCCAUAUUACCCUAUUCUUGACAUUGAAAAUCUGGAUUUAAUCAAAUCUCAGAAAUGUUACUUGAUUGGCACAUCAAAUCCUCUACUGAUGAGCAAAUUAAAAUGGAAUGUAUUUAUUAAUCUUGAUGCAAAUACCAUGUUUGUUCACACAGAAGAAGAUUAUGAUAUUGAUGAAGCCUUUUUCAAUAAAACGAAGAAUGAAAAUACAAGUGAUAUAAUCAAUAGUUUAAAUACAGAAAUCCUAAGUUCUGAAAGGUGUACCAACAACGCUUAUUCGAUGAAACCUUCGAAUUCGUCAAAUUUGUCAAUUGUGGAUUGUAUUUCCCAUACAGAUAAACCCCUACAAUACUGGAAUUCCGAAGUUUUCCCUCGUAUUUUAACACGAAACGAACUAAACAAUUGUGAAAAGCUAUAUUUUAGCAAAAACAAAUCAUUUAGUAAGCACUCCUUUGUUCCUUCUAAAUUCCCAUUUUUAUCGACAGAUUCUUCCAUACCGACAAUAGAUCUCGCCUUCAAUGUACAACUUGCAAAGCUCAUCAAAGAUCACCAUGAUGAUGAAACAUUGUUUACACUGAUAACUAACUACCUCAGAAAUUUGACGGCAAAUGUUUUACCUGCAUUUCACCAUUUUACAACUUACCUUAAAAUACGAGAUUUUAAGGCACAUUUAUCGAUUAGCCACAUGGACGAGAAUCAUGAGGUGAUUAUACGUGAUUUUGUUGACGCCAAUAACUUGAUUCAAUCCUUCCCAAUCAAUUUUGCUUUCUCUACGGAAUGCGCUUUUUUGGACGAUGCCAACAUUGCAUCUCAUUAUGCGAAGAUUGUAAUCAGAAAUGUUUCAUUAUUGAGGUUAGCGGUUCAUUAUAACUCAAUACUUUUUGACGAACCAAAAAGCUAUCCCGGAUAUCUAUUUAGCUGGAAUGGGGGGAAACAGAAUGUGGGAGAUUCGGACAUCAUAGCCAGAUUUGAUGUUCACUAUCUUGUAAGUUUGAUUGAUAAGAUGGUGAAUGAAGAUUCGGGAGAAAGCUGGAAGAUUGACGAGAAUUUUCUGCUCCAAAUAUUCAAGCCCAUCAAUUCGAUACUGAAAAACUACUGUGAUAAUUCAAAUGGACUAGCCGAAAUUUUCAUGGAUUUCUUCAUAGAAAAAAGAGGAGAUGAAUCUCUCACCAAAUCGACAGGCAUUAAUUUGUAUUCUUUCUUGAAAGAUGACAUACAACCUACAUACCUACUGAGAGAAACAUCUAAUGCGGUAUCGACGAAUAGUUUGAGUACAAACGAAGAAGAGUUGGAAGUGAAACUAAGAAGAUUGGCUGUUUCGUCGGGAAAUGAAGAAUUUGUCAAAGACGCAAUCAGGGAAACUGCCGAAGAAAACGUAGCAGAAAAUUUGGACAUGAAACAUUCAAAAGCCCGUUGUAGCAAUUCUAGCAUUCACGAAAAUAUGCCUAAGGUUAAAGAUGACAUAUCGUUUAUUCUCUCAAACUUGGCAAAUUCGAGGUUUAUAAAGCUAUUGCUGAUUGCCUCUUUGUUUUUACCCUCUGAAAAGUCGAGUAUCAUUAAAAAUAGGCAAGGUAAGAAACCGAAAAAUCUAGUUACUGCUGAAUUCAAGAAAUUUUUUGGGUAUGUUCUGAACGAUCCCUUUUUCAAAGCAUAUAUUCUCCCCAAUAUUGAUGAUUUCGUUAAACUGUGUAUCAAUGACUUUAUUGAUCGUAUUUCCUAG